AUCAGCAGACACAUUUGCACCAUGAAUUACUCCAUUGAGCCAUCACCAACAGAGGAAAUGGCCCCUGAGGAGUUUAAUGGCAGAACGGUGGCAGCUUGUGUGAUCCUAGGCUUAUCCUUUCUGGUGGGCGCUCCAGGAAACCUGCUGGUGAUCUGGACCAUCCUGAGACACAUCAAAUGGCGUUCCCACACUGUGGUGAUCAUCCUCCACCUGGCUGCUGCAGACCUGCUGGUCCUCAUCACGUUGCCCUUGUGGAUCUACUCUCUGGCCCACUCCUGGGUGUUUGGUGAAGUCUUUUGCAAGGCUAUUGUGUUUCUGAUCAAUGCCUGCAUGUAUACCAGCGUCUUCCUCAUCACCCUCAUGAGUGUGAAGCGUUUUGUGGCUGUUCGCCAUCCCUUCACUUCUGCACAGUGGAAGAGGAAAAAGGCACUGAAUAAGUUGCUGCUGGCCCUGUGGACUGCAGCAUUCUUGUUCAGCAUACCUGUCAUCCCAACCCAAGUGGUGGAGGUGGAUUCCGGUACAGAGCACUGUCUUUAUCGGGAGUAUACGUCAGACAGCCAGGAACUCGUGUGUGUGUUGCUGGAGACGCUGGUAGGCUAUAUAUUUCCGUUUGGCAUCCUGGUGGUCUGCUAUGGCUGCCUGUACAGCCGGAUCACUCAGAUGACCUUCAAGUCAAAGCACAAGUCUACAGUCCUGAUCACCAGUGUCGUGGUUGCGUUUGCCCUUUGUUGGACACCUCAUCAUGUGGGAAAUGUCCUCUCACUCAUCUGCCUUGCUAUACAAAAGCCAUUUCCUGAUGCUGCAGACAGUCUGGAGAAUACCAGGAGCACCAUGACUUUCAUCGCCGGAGCCUUGGUCUUCAUCAGCAGCACAGUCAACCCCAUUCUCUACAUGUUUGCGGCUCGCUCCUUCCGGACAUCCCUGCAUGACACUGGGAUCCAGAAGCUCUUCCGCCACAUCUCCAGCACCUCCCUCAAUGAAGGCAGCAGAGAGUUGUCUUUUGUGUCCAAGAGACAAACCAAUCAGACCACCAGCUCUCAUUGCACGUCUGAGUCAACGGACCAAAUAGACAUAUUAAUAAACAUGCAGGAACAUAAUCUGUCUUGAUAUUGGACACGUACAAUUUUAUGUACAAUGUAUGUAAAAUCUUCUUAUUUUAAACAAAGCUUUUUUGUGGCUACCUGUAACAUAUUACAACAAGGACCAAUCAGAACACUGGGAAACUUUGUAAUGCAACAACAAUAUAUUUAAUGAUCAGUGUUAAAAUGACAAUGUAAAUAUUUAUAAUAUACAGCACUGCACAAAGGCUUUAGGCAAGAAAAAGUUUUAUGUUCCAUGAUUUUUUUACCUUCACCAGAAAAUUAAAUUUGAAAUUUACAAAAAUUCUUAUUAAAAUAUGUAUAAUCAAAUGGAGUUUUUUUUUUCUAUUUCAUUAAAAACUAAUCAAUUAUUUAAUUAUUUUCAAAUUAAACAAUCAACAGACAGAUUUUUGUGGUACAUGAUACAAAGACACUUGCUAAUCACUCAGUAAUAAAAUAGCUAUAACUCAAUUUUCCAAUAAUUUGUCGGAGACUACUUAAAGGAAGUAAUGUAGUUUUAGCACCAAAAAGGAAAUGACGUAUUUGUAAUGUAUUUUUAACAGUUGUAAAUAUUAGAUGUUGAACAGCGUUGGAUUAUUUUUAUUAUAUGUUUUAACCACUUUAAAUGUGCUUGAAACUUUUGACCAGCACUGCAUCUAUUUAAAUAUUUUCACUAUAAUGUUCAUAACUAGCACAAGAUAAGAACAUCCAUAAUAAACAUUUUGCCAAUAAAAAUGAGAUUUUAUUUUAUUUUUUCUGAUGCCAACAAAUGAGAUUCAAAUGAUUUCUUGUACAACAUUGUUGAAACCUUUUUGUAAAUUCCAUGUAAAUUGUGAUGCAAUUGACCACAGUCAGUUUGCUGCUUCUGUCAUAAAGAAACAUUAUCUCAAAAGCCAUCUAAAUCAUCUUCUGUAUGUGAGACCUUAUGCAACAUAUUUCAUCCAAUAUGCCAAAUGCAGCUCCCCAUCUUUUAUUUAUGCUAAAAUGCC